AAAUCGCUCGAUACCAAGCUCACUUUAAAACUUAAAAUGUCAUCCAAUGAGAAGUUUAAAUAUCCGGACUCGAUGCCAGUUAUAGACGGAAUAGUCCUAUACGAAUAUACUACGAGAGUUGAAGUGCAGCGAAUCGCAAACCUGGAGCUAAGGGACGAUGACGUCUUUCUGACGGCAUACCCUAAAAGUGGUCAAACAUGGACAAUAGAAAUCGUCAAGCAAGUCCUUAAUGGCGGCGAAUUUGAUCAGGAGUCACCAUUAAUAUGCCGUGCGGUUUACUUAGACGCAUUUUCCUGCGAGAAAAGAGCAGGAAUGACCCCAAUGCGAAACUACGAGACAGUGACAGACUUUGCGAAGUCAUUACCUUCCCCGAGGAUCCUUAAAACCCAUCUACAGUACCAUCUAGUGCCCAGGAGCGACGGUUGCACGGCCAAGUACAUCUACAACAUCCGUAACCCAAAAGACGUGGCGGUAUCGUACUAUUAUCACCAUCGCACGUUCAAAGAGUACUGUUUCCAAGAAAAGUGGAAUGAUUUCUUCGAAAUGAUGAUGAGCGGUCAAGUGCAGUACGGUUCGUGGUUUGAUCACGUUCUCGACUGGUGGGAGCACCGUGACGACCCUAAUAUUCUCCUUCUCAAGUACGAGGAUAUGAAGAAGGACCACAGAGGUGCGGUAGCAGCUAUUGCCAAGUUCCUUGGCAGAGCACUAACAGAGGAACAGUUGGACCGCAUCGUCAGUCAAACAAGCUUUGAGUUUAUGAAAAGUCAGGAGCCAUUCAAGGUUAAAGAGCCAUUCAAAAAUCCUAAUGAACCGAACUUUAUCCGCAAAGGGGUGGUUGGUGACUGGAGAAACCAUUUCACCGCUGAACAGAACAAGAUGUUUGACGAGUUAUACGAAACAAGGAUGGCUGGGAAGAUGUUCGAUAUAGAGUUUUGAGGUAUAAUCGUUACAAAAAAAAACUCUGUUCGCCCUUAAAGAACUAGAUACCAAGUCUGUUUACCAGUUGAAUGGCGAAAUAUUAUUCGGCGCUACACUACAUAUGAGCAAUAUAGUUUAGCAGCGAUGCACUCACUGCACAGCCUAUUAUGUAAAAAAAUAUAAGAACAGAAACUCGCAUUCUUCUAAGCAUAAAAACAAGAAAGCAAAUAUCAUAAAAUAAAUAAAAAAUAAACCGCCUGAGGCGGCCUA